AUGAAGUUCUUCGUCACUACUAGUCUUCCUUCUUUUUCUACCGGGGCAAAACAGCCCGCCUAUCUUCACUUCAACAAUGCCGACAUUGACAUCUCCCUUCCCUUGGCCGGCCCACAAGAGCUAGACGUGUGGAUCUGCAACGGCGAUGAAGUAACCGGCGACCUGAUGAACCAAUGGCUCGGUCAAGCCCCUGGCGCCCCUGACGCCCCCAAGUCGAUGCUUGUGCGGGAUGUCACCGCCAUCCCUCGCCUACAGGAAUAUUCCAAGGGUCGGGUGGCCGAGAUUUCUGCAUUCCCCGAGGAACAGACUGAUGCCUCGGCGAGAGAACGAGACGAGUCGAUUCUCCGAGAGGCAGAAAUGCUCUAUGCCCAAGCCCGUGCCAACGCCGGAAGCAGACGGGCAAAUGUCGACCAACUGAAAGGGAACCACACGAAGACGGCCGUUGUGCUCGUGGGGGCCGGUAUCAUGAAUCUCAUGACCGCCCAGCUCCUGGUAGAACGUGGCUACCAGGUACGCAUCGUGGAACAGGGCCCCGAUCCUCGUGCGUGCCAACCCAAGGACUGGACCAGCCUGGGAGUCACUAGCGGCGGCCACAAUGCCCGCAUGUUUACCCACACGGAGGCAGACAGCUACAACGAACAGAACAGCGACAUCUACCAAGACAUGCAGUCCAUCUUCCGCAAGACCGUUCACGAUGGCGGCUGGAGCGUGAAAGAUCCCAACGAGUUUUCUUCCGCCGAGCAGGAAUGGGUGGGCGCUUUCGAGCGCGUCCCGGGCUGGAUGGCGGCCAUGUUUAAGAAGAACAUCCACUCGGUGAACUGCGAGUCCGGCAAGCUAUGGAAGGAACUCAUGAAGACCGCUCCCCAACUAUUCCAAGAUGUCGGUCUCCACAACGACAUCGUGCGCCUCUACGUCGAGACAGUAGCGCUGGACGCGUCUGUCACGCUCAACCGCCGCCUCGGUUCGCUUAUGCAGGCUCCGUCUACCCCUGACCUUCUAAAGGCGUUCCCGGGACUCCGCCCCGCCGCCGAGUCGGACCAUCUCGCAGGAGGUAUCAUCGCCGACGGGUUCACGGUGAAUAUCCACCUCUUCGUCGCCAAGCUGAUCAACCAUAUCAUCGCUCGAGGCGGAGAGUUCGUCUGGGACUGCAAGGUCCAGGGCGUCCAGCGCAACGCCAAAGGCGAGGUGACACUUUUGCAAUCACAAAAGGGGGACCUGGAAGCGAACCACUUCGUGGUGAGCCCGGGUACCACUGGAGACGCAUUACUGCAGGGAACUGCCUCGGAGAACUUAGUCCAGGGCGUCCUGGGGAUAUGGCUGCAAAUUCCGAACCUAGAUCCGCAGCUGCACAACUCGAUGAAGAUCCACCGCCGCGCUCACAUGGUGGAAGACAUCAACAUCACCGUGGCCAAAGACCAGGCAACUGGCGAAGACAUCCUCAUCCUCGGGGGUGGAUACGGUUACGUCGGUCUGGACCGCCCAGCGCCCGACUCCCAAGAGCUCAGGGCCCUCUACGACGAGCUGGAGGAGGUCGCACGUAUCUACUUCCCACAGGGGUAUGCCGAGGCGAAGAAGCGCGGCCCGACAGCCAUGUACCCCGGCGGACACCGCAAAUUCUGCGUCCGGCCCUUCACGCCCACCGGCCUCGGGCUGUUUGAGAAGAUCCCCACCGCGAGAGGUGGCCAGCUAAUCAUCACCGGCGGCAACAACACGGGCGGGUUUGCACAGGCGCCGGGCAUCGCGCGCGCGGUACUUCGGUCCUUCACGGGCGAGCACGACCCCAUCCACGUGCUCUUCCACCCGGACCGCGGCAAGAUCCCCCCUUCCACCGUGAGCUACAAGUCCCGGACGCCGAGCCCCGUAUCGUCCCAGCCCGGGAGCAGCGUGGACCUCAAAGCACAACCGCCGCUGAAGCUGCUCCUGAUCUGCUCCGACAGCCCCAACCACCGCUACCUCCGCUACCGCCUCGACCAGGCCUUCCCGGGCUACCGCUGCAUCGAGGAGCCCGGCGACGGCCAGAUCCGCCACCUGGCCUCCAAGGGCCGCACGGCAGACGCGUGGUGGCAGCGGUACCACGGACUGCGGCGCCAACUCUUCGGCUAUUCCCGGCAGCGCGCCGCGCACUUCGACCGGCUCAUCCCGCGGGGGCACACCUCCCCGGCGCCCGACCUCGUCGUCGACACCAUCAACUGCGCGGCGGUGUGGGACGCGGUCGAGGCGUGGCGGCCGGAGCUGACGGUCGUGUCGGGCACCAAGUUCAUCGGCAAGAAGCUGAUCGCGCGCGCGGGCCUCAUGGUCAACCUGCACACGGGUCACCUGCCCGAGUACAAGGGCAACCACUGCGUCUUCUUUGCGCUGCAGGACGGCCGUGUUGAUAAAGUCGCCUCCACGCUGCACCAGCUGACGUCUACCCUGGAUGGUGGCGAUGUGCUCGACCGUGUGUACCCGCCUGUGGGCCCGGGUGAUAGUGAGGAUACUCUGUACACCAAGUGCCUGGAGGCGGCCAUCGAUCGGGUCGUCGAGCACAUAGGAAGAUUUGCAAGGGGGGAGAGGCUGGAGUUUGUGCCGCAGGUGGGCAGCGGCACUACUUUCCGGCACCGGGACCGUACGCCUAGGAAGGAGGCGUCGUUGUGGUGGAAGAUCAACGUGGGCGGGCUGCUGAAGGGGGCGGCGGGGAAGAAAAUUGAGUGA